AUGAACUUUCAAGGGAUGGUUCGUCCAGGAAUGACCGGACCACCUGGUUUUGGCGGUCCUCCAUCAGGACCACCCGGUCAGUGGCGAGGAGGACCCCCGGUCGGUUAUCGUCCCCCAGUUCGUCCCGCUCAGCCUUCCCGACCUCAGCAACCAGUGAAAAGGCCAGCGCCGCAAGGAAUCAUGAACGAAAACCAAAAGAUCAAGCCGAUGAAGCAGAAAAAGCCUGGUGACCGUGUUUUACCACCUAGUGUUAGAGAUCUCGUCCCCGAGAGCCAAGCUUACGCUGAUCUUCUUCAUCUCGAGCGGCGAGUAGACUACACUAUCAUGCGAAAGCGACUAGAAAUGCAAGAAGCGUUGAAACGGCCACAGAAGAUCAAGAAGAAGCUUCGAUUGUUCAUCACCAAUUCCUUCUCUCCCGCAAAUCCAGCGGAUCAGAACCACCAAACUGGUUCUUGGGAGCUUCGAGUAGAAGGCCGACUUCUUGAGCCAGAGGCGUUGACAAGCAAUAAGAAUCCAGAAGCAGCAUCUGGUAAAGUCAAGCGAAAGUUCUCGACGUUCUUCAAAUCGCUCGUCAUUGAGCUCGACAAAGACAUCUACGGCCCCGAUAAUCAUUUGGUCGAGUGGCACAGACAGUCGAAUACUCAGGAGACCGAUGGUUUUCAAGUCAAAAGACAAGGAGACCAGGAUGUAAAAUGCACGAUGAUGUUUAUGCUCAAUCACGAGCCAGCUCAAUUCAAGCUCGACAUGCGACUCGCAAGGCUUCUGGGAAUCCACACGGCAACAAGAAGCGUCAUUGUUCAUGCUCUGUGGCAAUAUAUCAAGACAAACAAGCUCCAGGAUCCAAAUGAUCGAAUCUGGAUCAACUUGGACCAGUACUUGCGCCAAAUUUUCAACACUGAAAAGAUCCGCUUCGCCGAUAUUCCCGGCCGAUUGCAUCCUCUCCUUUCACCCCCUGACCCGAUCGCUAUUCACCACAAAAUCAGCUGCGAUCCGAACGAAUCGACAAGAAACAAGACGACUUGUUACGACAUCGAGGUGGAAAUCGACGAUCCGCUUCGUCAAGUCCAGUCCAACUUCCUUCGAGACACAGCUACAGCGAAUGAAAUUCAAACGCAAGAUCGAAAGAUUCUCCAAAAUAUUGAAAUGAUCAAAGAGCUUCGCGUUGCGCGAGACUUUUACAUUGGAUUUUCAAACAACCCACAGGAGUUCAUUACUGACUGGAUUGCUUCUCAAUCUAAGGAUCUUAGAGGAAUGCAGGACAUGGCGGGUAAUCCAGACAACGAACGCAAAAGCGAAACCUUCAAAGAAGAAUGGGUCAAUGAGGCUGUCAUGCGAUAUUUCUACAAUAAGAUUCAAACCCGCCGCGCCGAGUUGGAAAAAGCGAUUAAUGAGCAAAACAAGUAA